AUGGUCUCCUGCUCACGAGAUAAUCCUUACAGGACACCGGCAGUCCUCACCGUUGCACCCAUUUCUCAGAUUCAGGAUGGUCAAAUACAAGAAGGUAGUCUGCGUACCUUGACCAUGAUUCCGGGCAUGCAGAUCGAUGAUGGUCAGAUCCAAAAUCCCGCAGUGCCCAGUAGAACAGCAACAGUGACCGAGCAUGGCUGCAAUAGCCCAAUAACGGCGAGUCCAAUGCUUGGGGAUCUCCAAACAACGACACCACCGAGUUUCGAAGCAUCACCACGGGUUCCCGUGCCUACCACCUUCUCGACCAGUGUCACUAGCAUGCGCCCCCCACUGGCGCCGAGUAGCACCACAUCCAGAGCUUCUCCGGCCCAAGCAAGCCUGGUCUCCUGUAUCACCAAUUCGACCCUGCAACUGACCCUGAGUAACAAUGUCCUGUUGGACUCGCUGCAAAGAACGGGCUACAUCGCAUCGAAUUAUCAGUUCCAAUUCGACGGGCCUCCCCAAUCCGGAGCUUUAUAUACUUCCGGUUGGAGCAUAUGCCCUGUCGUGACCGACCCUGAGGAAGACAACGCUGCAACAUCAGAGUCAGGAGUCACCGGGUUAAUGACUUUGGCCCUCGGAGACUCCACUGUCUUCUACGAGUGCCUAUCAGGCGACUUCUAUAAUCUUUACCAGCGACACUGGGCUGCUCAGUGUAGUCCUGUGGAGAUCAGGAUAGUUGGGUUGGUGGAAUGUGAUCAUUAG